AUGAAAUAUCAUGAAAAUGGAGAUUUACAUUCAUAUAUUGAUAAAGCAAAAGGAAUGCUUUGCUGGAAAGAUAUUAUUGUGAUACUUUGGGAAAUAAGCGGAGGAAUUGAACAUAUUCAUAAAAGUGAAUUGAUUCAUGUAAAUCUUCAUGGAGGUAAUCUAUUAGUUGAAAAUGAGCAUGAUUCAGUUUAUAUUGUAGACAUGGAAUUAUAUGGUCCAGCAAAUAAGAAAAUUUCAAACCAAAUAUAUGGAGUUGUUCCAUAUGUAGCUCCAGAAAUUUUGAAAGGAAAUCCACCCACGAAAGCUUCAGACAUCUAUAGUUUUGGAAUCAUCUUGUGGAUAAUUUCUGCGGGUAUUCGUCCAUGGUGUAACAGACCACAUGAUCUUGAAUUGGCUACUGAAAUUUGCUUUGGUCUUCGUCCUGAAAUUAUUGAUGGAACUCCAAAUGCUUACAUUCAACUAAUGACUAGAUGUUGGAACUCUAAUCCUACAAUGCGUCCAACUGCAGCUCAAUUAUAUGAUAUAUUAGGAAGUUGGGUAAAUGCUAUUUGCGAUGAUCCAAAUCCGUCGGAAUUAUCUCAUCAAUUUGAUGUUGCUGAGGAGAAAAAAAUUUUAUAUUCGGAACAAAAUCAAUUUCAUCGGCAAAUCCAUCCGCAAGCUUUUUAUACGAGUAGACACUUGUAUUUUCCUUCAUUAAUUGGAUCUACUAGAAGUGAUGAAUAG